GUUUUUCUUCCUCAAAGAACCAGAAGCCGCAAAUUCUUCACGUUUUCAAAGGGAAGAGAAUAUGGGUGAAUUGAAAGAUACUGAAGUUUACGAGGAAGAGCUUAUCGAUUACGAAGAAGAAGAUGAAAAAGCUCUUGAUUCUACUAAACCCACUACUGAAUCCGUCAAAAAGGGCUACGUUGGGAUCCAUAGUUCGGGAUUCCGAGACUUCCUGUUGAAACCAGAGCUUCUCCGAGCCAUUGUAGAUUCAGGGUUUGAGCAUCCUUCAGAAGGUAAUCACUACUAGCAUAUUAUGAAUACAUCACAAAAAUUGGUUGGUAAACCUUUACAUUAAAAGGAUCUGGCAGAUCAUAUAUACUUACUGAGGAUUCGUCCACUACAAUUUUCUUUGCUUCUUCAUUAGUGCAACACGAAUGCAUCCCCCAGGCAAUUUUAGGAAUGGACGUCAUUUGCCAAGCAAAAUCUGGGAUGGGAAAGACUGCUGUUUUUGUUCUGUCAACACUUCAGCAAAUUGAUCCUGUUCCUGGUCAGGUUGCAGCACUUGUUCUUUGCCACACGAGAGAACUGGCUUAUCAGAUUUGCCACGAAGUUGAGAGGUUCAGCACAUAUCUUCCAGAUAUAAAAGUUGCUGUUUUCUACGGUGGUGUCAACAUCAAGGUUCACAAAGAUUUGCUCAAGAAUGAGUGCCCACACAUUGUUGUUGGAACACCUGGGAGGAUUCUUGCCCUGACUAGAGAUAAGGACCUUGGUUUGAAGAAUGUGAGGCAUUUUAUACUUGAUGAGUGUGACAAGAUGCUGGAAUCACUCGACAUGAGAAAAGAUGUGCAAGAGAUUUUCAAAUUGACUCCCCAUGAUAAACAAGUGAUGAUGUUUUCGGCUACACUCAGCAAGGAAAUCCGACCUGUUUGCAAGAAAUUCAUGCAAGAUCCCAUGGAAAUUUAUGUUGAUGAUGAGGCCAAAUUGACUCUUCAUGGUCUUGUUCAGCACUACAUUAAAUUACAAGAGCCAGAGAAGAAUCGUAAGCUGAAUGAUCUUCUUGAUGCUCUUGACUUCAACCAAGUUGUUAUUUUUGUCAAAAGUGUUAGCAGAGCAGCAGAAUUGAACAAGUUGCUUGUUGAGUGUAACUUCCCAUCAAUAUGCAUACAUUCUGGAAUGUCACAGGAAGAAAGAUUGAAGCGAUACAAGGGCUUCAAAGAGGGGAAGCAAAGAAUUCUCGUGGCAACAGAUUUAGUAGGGAGGGGGAUUGAUAUUGAGCGUGUUAAUAUAGUCAUCAACUAUGACAUGCCUGAUUCUGCUGAUACCUAUCUUCACAGGGUGGGUAGAGCUGGUAGAUUUGGCACCAAGGGGCUUGCGAUUACCUUUGUGUCUUCUGCUGGUGACUCUGAAGUUCUUAAUCAGGUGCAAUCUAGGUUUGAGGUUGAUAUAAAGGAGCUUCCUGAACAAAUUGACACCUCCACAUACAUGCCUAAUUGAUUAAGUUUUGAGACGUGAUUUGGAGCAUAAUGCAAAUGAUCUGUUGCUGUUGCCAACCGGGGAUGGAUUUGUUGGCGUCAUAAAUUUCAGUGUUUUGAAGAGAAUAUUUAACGAAAGAUAUUCUUUAAACUGUAAUGAAAAAUAGGGAAUUCGAAUGGCUCCUGAGUUUUUGGGAGAAGACUAUCAAUUAUUCCAUGUUUUGUUUGCUCCUGCAUCCGUUUUUUUUUAUUCUGAUAGACAAAUACAAUGUAGGAUCUGUUUUAGAAGUUGCACACCGUUAUCCACGCUGUUAAUGUUUACAUUAAAAUUACUUAAAUCCCCCCUAAAGUAUAGUACAUUGUUCGUGAUGGGAUAUUUUGUAGAUGAAUAUAUUAUCACUGCUUGUUUAAGGUUCUA